AUGGCAAGGCAGGGAACAGACUGCCCAGCGUGUGCAGAGGUGAAGGGAUCCAAGAUUCGAUCCGUCAAUGGAGAGCCAUGGAGAGCCGUCACAAGUGAGCACCUGCUACAGCUGUCGUGUGAGCAGUGUGAAGGACUCUUCGCAGAGGACGCAGAAGGUGCCCGUGCGCUUCUUCAGCAAACGGUGGCAGCUGAUCCGUUGCAAAGGGAGUUUCAACAGGAGGUGCUAGUGGACCUUUUUGAAGAUUUGAUGACCUAUGCCAAGACCAUCUGCUUGACAUCUCGGAAGACUUCGGUUUUUGUCCAGAUUCUAAAGCAGCUCUUGGACAUGAUGCAUCGCAAGUCUGAAACCUCGCGACGCUUUGGUGAAACUACCUCCAUCUACGAGUGUUUCCAAGCGUACAAGAGGAUGCUUGUGGCACACAGCCAUGCAGCCUUCGCAACGGCGUCCUCGUCCUCGCAGGAUGGAGAUCCCUCCAUGGCGACGCUGGGGGUCUUCCGCUCGGCGGAUGUGCGAUUGCUCACCGACUUUGUCACAGGAGCUUUGUUCCAGCAAUUCCUCCUGUACCAAUGUGUCCUGAUUUGUCCACAGGACUCGGUAACAUCUUACACAGAGGUGGAGCUUCUUCAGCCAUUACCCCCACCAGACCUCAAGAAAGCUGUGUCUAAAAAGAAGGCAGCCCAGGCAAAAGCAGGGCAUGCCAAAAAAGCCUAUGCAGCAAGGUCCAAAGGGACGACCUACACGGAGGUCUCACCGGAGGACGCAGAGGCGGAAACCGAAGGUGUUUCCUUGGAUCAAACCUUCUCGCAGUUCCCUAAGGACUUGACCAUCGAUGAACAUCAUGAAGAGAGUACCAAAGCGGCUGAGGCCACUGCCAAGACCAGCAUCCGACGUCAUGACAAGGACUUAACCCAGCCGUCCUGA